CCUGGAUCCUGUAGGUGCAAGGCGACAGUGCUAACCACUAAGCCAACAUACCACCUGCACAGGAAAACUGUUCCAGUCUCAUCACUCCACUCUUAGAGAGAUAUUAUCUCUCACCUAUGUAUGGUCUGGAAUUUACCAUUGGCUUCAUUGGCAACCUAGUGGUGGUCCUAGGCUAUAUCUUUUGUCUCCCUGCAUGGAAGUCUACAAACGUGUACCUUUUUAACUUGUCUGUAUCUGACCUUGUCUUUCUGUGCACACUACCUGAGUUGUCCUAUAAUUAUGCGCACAACCAGGAGAAAUUUAAUCCUUCUCUAUGUGUGGUUAAUCGCUACAUCCUUCAUGUGAACUUGUACUCCAGCAUCCUGUUCAUGAUGUGGGUAAGUGUGGACCGGUUCUUGUUGAUGUGUCACCCCCAGCGACAACACAUCUUGUUAACUCUCAAAGCUUCGCUGUGCAUCACCAUAUUGAACUGGAUCUGGGUGAAUGCUCAGAUAGCUCCCCUUAUUAUUUUUAUUAUUCAGGACUUGGAGCAAAAUUCUUGGACAUUGUGUCAUGAUUUUGGGAGCCUUGGACUAGCCAAAAAUACUCUGAUCUACAGCAUAGUGCUCACCAUAACUGGAUUCUUGAUGCCACUGAUGGCUUUGUUUCUCUCAUCUCAAAGUAUGGUUUCUGUACUAAGGAGAAGAGAGGAGAUGCGUGGCACAUCCUUCCAAAGGCCAGUAAGAAUUGUGAGGACUGCAGCAAUUAUGUUUCUGGUGCUCUACACACCCUACCAUGUAAUGAGGAUUGUGCGAAUUGCAUCUCGUCUUGAUCAUUUAAAUUUGUCACACUGUGUCAUGGAUUACAUCAAUGCAGCUUUUAUAAUGACACGGCCAAUUGCAUUUGCUCACAGUGCCAUCAACCCUGUGUUUUACUUCCUCAUGACAGACAGCUUUAAAGAAGCUCUGCAGGACAGGUGGCGGCAGUUUAAAAGGAUGCUAAGGGCUGCACCAUAAGCAAGUCUGACAAGCAA